CGCAGUUGGAGCAGGUCCCUCCCUGAACAAAUCACAGUCCCUCCAAUCAGUGCAGCGGUGAUUCACGGCGCGGGCACGACUCGCUCAACCUGAUCACAGUUCACAAACUCCCAACGAGAAGACAACUUUUAACAACUUUACUUCAUAUUUCUAGAGAAAACAUCAUAAGAAAUACAACUUUUGACAUUUUAUUACUAGUCCCGUCACCUAAUUGGCGUUUUGGAUUAAUAUAUUUAUCCAACUUUUACGCACAGGAUAUAAAUGCGUUUUUUGGAUAUCUGAUAAAAUGAUUCGUUGGAUGUAAUUGGACUGUACGCAGUGGGACCAUGGCUGCUACCAAGAGGACGUUACAGGUGUUUGGCUGCGUCCUGCUCCUCUCGUGCGCUCUGACGCAGCUCUCCAGCGCUCAAACACAACGAGUUUGUAUGGGGACACAGAACGGCCUGAGUACGACAGGGAAGUCUGACAUCCAGUUCAACAUGAUGAAGGAGCGCUACAGUGGCUGUGAGAUCGUCAUGGGCAACCUGGAAAUCACCAUGAUGGAGCAUUACAGGGACUUUUCCUUUCUACAGUCCAUUCGUGAGGUGACGGGCUACAUCCUGCUAGCACUGAAUGAGUUUAGCCGUCUGCCUCUGGAGCAGCUCAGAGUGAUCCGAGGUAGUGCUCUGUACGAGGACAGGUACGCGUUAGCUGUGAUGGUCAACUACCAGAAGGAUGGACACCGUGGCUUGCAGGAGCUUGGACUCACACAUCUCACAGAGAUCCUCGAGGGAGGGGUGAAAAUUAUCCAAAAUAAAUACCUGAGUUACGCUCCGAAGGUGAACUGGCUUGACAUAGUGAAGGAUGGAAGCACCCACAUCAUGAUCCAGGACAAUGGGCCGGAAAAGUCGUGUCAUGAAGCCUGUGGUGAAGUCGCCUGUUGGGGUCCAGAGAGUGACAAAUGCCAGAUCUUGACCAAGACAGUGUGCGCUCCGCAGUGUAAUGGCCGCUGUUUUGGGCGCAGUCCCAGUGAGUGUUGUCAUAACGAGUGUGCGGGAGGAUGCGCCGGGCCCCUGGACACAGACUGCUUUGCUUGUAGAAGGUUCAACAACUCUGGGUCUUGUGUGCGAGAAUGUCCUCAGGCUUUGCUCUACAACAAAAACACAUUCAGGAUGGAGGCCAAUCCCAACGCCAAGUACCAGUAUGGUUCCAUCUGUGUCGCCCAGUGCCCAACAAACCUUGUUGUGGAUGGGAGCUCGUGUGUGGUGAGCUGUCCUCCUGGAACAAUGGAGGUCGAGAAGAAUGGAGUCAAGAGAUGCCAACCCUGUGCUGGCCUCUGCCCAAAAGCUUGUCACGGCACGGGGACUCCAGAUCGACAAACUGUGGACGCCUUCAAUAUUGACAGCUUCAUAAACUGCACCAAGAUCCAGGGCAGUCUGCACUUCCUGGUCACUGGAAUCAAAGGUGAUGAUUUCAAUAAAGUUCCACCACUCGAUCCAGAGAAGCUGAAAAUCUUCAACACUGUUCGAGAAAUUACAGACAUUUUGAGUAUCCAGUCGUGGCCGGAGAGCAUGUCUGACCUGUCCGUCUUCUCAAACCUCGAGACAAUUGAAGGACGAAGUCUCUACAAACCAAUGAGCAGCAAAAGGAGCUACUCUCUGAUGGUGAUGAAGAUCCCCUCUAUCACGUCUCUGGGGCUGCGGUCUCUUCGGAGGAUUAACGACGGCAGUGUUUACAUCACAGGAAACAAACAGCUGUGUUAUCACCACAGCCUCAACUGGAGCCGCAUCUUCAACAGUAACAUCAAGAAGAGACAGAAGCAGAUCGACAUCAAGGACAACUGCCCCCAGGAGACAUGUGCCAUGGCGGGGCACAUCUGCGACCCCCUGUGCUCUGAUGGGUGCUGGGGCCCUGGUCCUGAUCAAUGCGUGUCCUGCCGAAACUACAGCCGAGGAGGGACCUGCGUGUCGGAGUGCAUGUUUCUGUCCGGAGAGCGUCGUGAGUUUGCGAGUGCGUCUGGGGAGUGUCUUCCCUGUCACUCUGAGUGUAAAGUGCAGGAGGGAAAAAACACCUGCCUCGGACCGGGGGCAGACCAGUGCGUGUCCUGUGCAAACUUUCAGGAUGGUCCUCACUGCGUGCCCUCGUGCCCUCAGGGCCUGAUGGCCGGAGAGGGCGUCAUCUUCAAAUACCCCAACAAGGGAGGCAGCUGUGAGCCCUGCCACUCCAACUGCACCCAGGGAUGUUCAGGUCCAGGACUCAACGAUUGUAUUGGGGUGGCCAGUCUGAACAUCCUUGCGAUCGUCCUGGGUGUCAUCACGAUCUUGUUCGUCGCCAUCUCCAUCUUCGCUCUCACGCUUUUAUAUCGCAGAGGCCUCGCCAUCCGCCGCAAAAGGGCCAUGAGAAGAUACAUGGAGAACGGAGAGAGAUUUGAGCCACUGGACCCCGGAGAGAAAGGACCCAAAGUUUGUGCCCGAAUUUUGAAGCCGUCUGAACUCAGGAAAAUCAAACCUCUGGGAAAUGGAGUCUUUGGAACUGUCCAUAAGGGCGUGUGGAUUCCUGAGGGGGACACAGUGAAACUUCCUGUGGCCAUAAAGACCAUUAACGACCGAACGGGACGACAGACUUUUUCUGAACUCACAGAUCACAUGAUGGUGAUGGGGAGUCUGGACCACAUAAACGUGGUCCGAAUCCUGGGUAUCUGCCCCGGGGAGAGUCUGCAGCUCGUGACUCAGCUCAGCUCUCAGGGCUCUCUGCUCGAGCACGUCCGAAAACACAGGAACAAACUCACCCCACAGAGGCUGCUCAACUGGUGUGUGCAGAUCGCCAAGGGCAUGUAUUACCUGGAGGAGAACAGGAUGGUACACAGAAACCUGGCGGCUCGAAACGUGCUGCUGCGAAACAACUACACAGCUCAAAUCUCAGACUAUGGAGUGGCCGACCUGGUAUAUCCCGAUGACAAAAAGUACUACUACAACGAGGCUAAGACUCCGAUCAAAUGGAUGGCCUUAGAGAGCAUCUUGUUUCGUAGAUACACACACCAGAGCGACGUCUGGAGCUACGGUGUCACGAUCUGGGAGAUGAUGUCUUAUGGGGUGGAGCCGUACACAAACAUGCGCCCACAGGAAGUGCCCGACCUCCUGGAGAAAGGAGAGAGACUUUCACAGCCCCAAAUCUGCACCAUCGACGUUUACAUGGUCAUGGUUAAAUGUUGGAUGAUCGAUGAGAAUAUCAGACCCACAUUCAAAGAACUGGCAAGUGAGUUUACCAGAAUGGCCAGAGACCCACCUCGAUACCUGGUCAUCAAGGAGGACUGCUCUCAGCCCGACUCAGCCUUAGAUGAACAGGCCCAGCGCAGUGUGGACCUGGAUGAGCUGGAGGAGGUUGAAUACGCUCUGGACCCUGAGGAGGAUCUGGACACUUUGGCUCCGCCCCAAUAUCUGUCCCAGUCCAGGAGUCUGUCCCGCCUCUCACGCAUGGACAGCCACAGGGUGCAAAUUCCAACGGCUGGUGAGACUGGAUAUCUUCCCAUGACCGCUGGAGUGGAUGUCCAUGCACAGGCUCUGUUCCAGUCCCGAUCACGCCUGGACUCAGCUCGGACGGUUUCGGAGAGCUCUGAGGGCUGUGGGGGCACAUUGGAGCUGGAGAGCGAGGAAGUGUCAGUAGGGGGCAGUCUAAAGCAGAGGAGGCCCAGGGAGGACAGUGCUUAUAUGUCUCAGAGGGACAGUCUGUCAGGGGGGCCGCCUGAGACCCCCUCUCCUGAGCUCGAGGAGGAGGACCAGAAUGGAUAUGUGCUACCACGGGACAGUCCAGAGAGAGACAUGUUGCUGUCUCCACCGCGCGUCCUCUCCAUCAAGUCCAUCAGAAACUGCCCAUCAGCCCCUCUCCUGGAUGACCCCGAUGACACCGAGUACGAAUACAUGAACAGACAGAGAUCUUCAACUUCAACUCGCAACCCCAGCCAACGCAGUAAAACCAGCAAUAAGAAAAUACGCACCUCUUCUUUGUCGUCAUAUGCAACUACCAGUUCUGGAGACAUCACACCUACACCAGAACUCAGAGGAUCUUUCAAUGGGCCAGAUAUGGACCAAUUUGGGUCUAGCGAAGUUCAGUAUGAAUAUAUGGACAUAAGAUGCAGCGGAGAGUCCCCACCUACUCACGACCUGCCCCCUCCUCCUCCCACAAAAAUCAAUAGAGAUGAAGAUGAUUAUGAUGAAGAUUACCACUACACAAACCGACAACCCAAACUACACCAAGCACUACAAGAUCGAAACCAAUUGAGGAUACAAGGAGCAGAGGAGGAGGAGCAAUACGAAGACAUGGAUUCCUAUGCCGUGAUGAGGAGAGGGGAGGCAGUGGUCUAUCAGAACUUAGGGAGAGAGGGGCUGAGUUCACAGGGCCAUAGGAGCGGGUUUGACGCCUAUGUGAAGGUGAGAGCAGGAGUGGGGAUCGGAGACACAGCUUCGGUUGAUAGAUCAUUUGAUAAUCCAGAUUACUGGCACAGCAGAAUGUACAUGAAGAGCAAUGCAGUACCCACAUGAAGAAAACUUUU